AUGAGCAGCUCAGAGAUGAAGGAAUACCUGUGUCAGCAUCAUCUUCCUCAGCUGUUGGAGAGUCUGUUGACAGGUGUCUUGUACCAUCAUCCUGACGACCCCGUCAGCUUCCUGCAGAGCUGCCUGAUCAGAACCAGACAGCUGGGGGGUCCUGAGGCCGUCACCUGGGACACGUUCAUCCAGGCGGACAGACGCCAGCUGAGCCCCACACCCUUUGAACCUGCACCUGAACCCCCAAGAACAAACAAAACCUUUCAGCUCUACAACAUCCCCAAUAACCCAAACAACACCUCAAAUAGCCCCUACAACACCACUAACCCCCACAAUAAACCCCAUACCCUCUACAACAUCACCAAUACCUCAAACAACACCAUCAAUACCCCGCACAACAGCACCAUGACCCCGUCUGUCCACAGCGUGAGGAAGGAUGAAGGAGACACAAAGACCUUCAUCACAAUUGGUCCUCCUUCUGGUCCUCCUCCUCCUCGAGUCCAGUCUCAGGUCUCCAUCGACUCAGACUCUGACAUGACAGAAACGUCUGGACUCCUGCAGGAAGUAAGCAUCACACCUCCUCAGAGGCCACGCCCCCUCAUCAUCUUCAUCAUCGGCGGUCCAGCGAGUGGGAAGGGAAGUCAGGCGGCGAGGCUUGCUCAUUACUUCCGCUUCAGAGUCGUCUCAUUGGAUGAGCUGCUCAGGAGGCAGUUACUAAGCCCCGCCUCACCCAGCAAGAAGUGGGAGGUUCUUUCAGAGAUGAUGGGUCACGGGGAGCUCGAACCUCAGGUCAAAACUAACCAGGAGGAGACAGUCUCUGAGCUGAGCCAUCACCUGAUUGGUCAGAAGGAGGUCAGAGGGGUCAUCGUGGAUGGGUUCCCUCAGGACAUCCACCAGGCGCUCAGCUUCCAGGAGCAGAUUGGAUCUCCUGACCUGGUGGUGUUGCUGCUUUGCUCCAACCAGACGCUCCGUUGUCGUCUGCAGAAACGAGCCGCUCUGCUCGGUCUCCUUGGAGAUAACAGCUCUGCUCUCAGGAGACGCCUGGAGACGUUUCAGAGGGACAUCGUCUCCACCAGCAGAUACUACAGACAGCUACACCUUCUGAUACAGGUGGAUGCAGACCGGGAGGAGGACGUGGUUUUAGCUGAUCUGUGUUCAGCCAUCAGAGGCAAACUGUGUCUCCAGGAUGUCUCAGAUCCAGCUGAUGACCCAGAAUGCAGCAGUUCUGUCCCCGUCACACCCAAAACACCUGUGUAACUCUGUGAACCAAUCAGUGAUCAGUAUCUUUACCUGUUAAUACUCCAUGUGAUGUCACACUGUUUAAGACUGUGAUCACCUGUCAAACCUCU